UUCCUUUUCUUGCAAUCCGUUGUAAACACGGAAAGAAAAGGAAGCGCACUCAACACACAAAAAUAUACCAAAACAAACCCGAAGGACAGUGUACGUACAAUCGCCGCAGGGUUAUUCCACGAGAGCUUCUGAUGAAGAUUACAGGAAGUAGCAACCUAAAGUGACCAGGACCAAGUGACAGGACAGAGUUCUGGCCAGUGCAACACCAGCAUGAUGUUGCUGGGAUGUGGAUCUCCAGCUCAACAGGCCUUGGCGCAAGUGAAGCAUGGGUUGUCUCUUGUCAGAUCAUCAAAAAUGUGUGUUCGUUUUCCUCUGAGACAAGGAAGAGUUGGGAACUUUAGAAACUUAUCCGUGAGUGAGGCAGCACAAACAGUAAGGGGCAGUGGAUUGCCUGGUGGAGGUGUGUCUCUCCUCCUCAGAGUAUCCAUUGGGACAGGAUGCUUUUUCACUAUAAAGGCUUUGACUACUCCAGUCUUCAGUGAGUGUAAGGCCCACAAACCAGCCAAAGAAAUAUAUGAUCGAAGGCUGGGAGCUGAGGACAGUAAGGACACAAAAGAUCCUCCUUUUGACUGGCUUGCUUUCUGGCACUUACUAAAGCCUCAACUGCAUCACUUCUUGGCAGCUGUAGUAAGUGCUCUAGUUGUCUCUUUGGCAAACAUUCAAGUACCAAUCUUGCUGGGAGAGGUGGUGAAUGUGGUGGCCAGGUUUACCAGUGAGACAGCAAGGGAAAGCAGGAGUUUUCCCCAGGAAAUUGCUGUCCCUGUGCUUAAACUAGUAAAAUAUUAUUUCAUUCAGGCUGCCUUCACCCUCUCCUACAUUUCCUUCCUAACACGCAUGGGAGAGCGGAUAGCAGAUGACCUCCGAAAGCAGCUGUUUGCCACACUCCUCAAGCAAGAUAUGGCAUUUUAUGACCAACAUAAAACUGGUGAACUAGUCAACAGAUUAACUGCAGAUGUACAGGACUUCAAGAGUUCUUUUAAACUUUGCAUAUCACAAGGAAUGCGAAGUGUUACUCAGAUUAUUGGGUGUGGAAUCUCCUUGUACAUGAUCUCACCCCAGCUGGCUGGUCUAACUGGAGUGUUUGUACCUGUAGUUAUUGGAGUUGGCACUGCACUUGGCUCUCUACUUCGCUCUUUGUCGCGGGAAGCUCAGCAUCAGGUUGCUCGUGCCACUGCAGUAGCUGAUGAAUGCCUGGCUAACAUGCGGACAGUCCGAGCUUUUGCCAUGGAAGACAGUGAGAAAAAUUUAUUCACUCAAGAAUUAGAUAAAUCAAGGCAGCUAAAUGAGGCUCUUGGCAUGGGCAUUGGUAUCUUUCAGGCAGGUUCAAACUUGUUCCUGAAUGGUAUAGUCUUGGGAUGUCUAUGGUGUGGAGGUCAGCUCAUGGCUACUAGUCAGCUGCAGCCUGGUGACCUCAUGUCCUUUUUGGUUGCUGCUCAAACAAUACAGAAGUCCCUAGCCCAGCUGGGCAUCAUGUUUGGCACAUAUGUGAGGGGCAUCAGUGCUGGAGCAAGGGUCUUUGAGUAUGUCAAGCUUCAGCCAACGAUACCAAUGAAAGGUGGGAAGAUAAUUCCCUAUCACACUUUGAUGGGCAACAUUGAAUUCAGAAAUGUGUCAUUUGCAUAUCCUACACGAUCUGACCAGGAAGUGCUUGGUGACUUCAGCCUGAUCAUCCCAGCUGGCAGCAUCGUGGCCCUGGUUGGAGUGUCAGGUGGAGGCAAAUCCACUGUUGCUCAGCUUUUGGAGAGGUUCUAUGAUGUGAGUAGUGGAUCCAUAACCAUUGAUGGGGAGGACCUACGUACCCUUGAUCCCUCUUGGCUGCGUGGUCGUGUCAUUGGUUUCAUCAACCAGGAACCAGUGCUCUUUGCUACCUCAAUCAUGGAGAAUAUUCGUUACGGCUUUCCAGAUGCAACAGAUGCUGAGGUAAUUGAAGCUGCUAAGAAAGCCAAUGCUCACAACUUCAUCAAGGCUUUUCCUAGUGGCUAUAACACGGUGGUAGGAGAACGAGGGGUGACUGUGUCUGGUGGACAAAAACAACGCAUUGCCAUUGCACGAGCACUGUUGAAGAACCCUAGGAUUUUGGUGCUGGAUGAGGCUACCAGUGCCCUGGAUGCAGAGUCUGAGGCAGUAGUGCAGGCUGCGUUGGAAAGUUGCCUUGAGGGCCGAACAGUGCUUGUUAUUGCCCACCGCUUGUCCACCAUCCAAAAAGCUGAUCUAAUUGCAGUUAUGUCUCAUGGGAAGUUAGCUGAGACCGGGAAACAUGAGACUCUGAAGAAGGCUGGAGGAAUCUAUGCUGAGCUGAUCCGCCAGCAGCAGAGGGAAGAGAAAGCCAGCAAAACUUGGGGUUUUUGAUUGAAGUGAUCUUUUAGGAAGGUUGGUGUAGAUAUUUUCAUGAUCCUUAGGGUGUAUUUAACUUAUUUAAAAAAUUGUAUAUAUUGUAUUUGAUUUUGUGAAUAAAUAAUUUAUUUGCAUAUUCAUUGCAUUUGACAAUAUUCAUUUAAGAAUAAUUUUUUCAAUGUAAGUAGUUAACAGUAGAGAGGAACAGUUCAUGUAAAAACAACUCAGGUAAUACAAAUAGUGCUUCAUUGCCAUCACUCACUAUUACCAGUGUUUAUUUGUAUAUUUAUUCAAAGAUUUUUUAAAAUAUUACUCUAAAAUUUAUAUAUAUUUUGUUUUGUUUAUUUUAUUUUUUUAUUUUUUAUUUAUUUAUUUGUUUAUAUAUUUAUUUAUUUGUUCAUAUAUUCAUUUAUUUAUUAUUAUUUAUUUAUUAUUUAUUUAUUUAUUUUUGUUUUUAUUUAUUUUUUUUUUUUUGCCAGCUAUUUUAGUUAUUUUUAUAGGAUAGCAAUGAUCAGUAGUUUUUGAAAGAUAUAUAAGCCUACAAAACAGCAGCAUGGUUAAAACAAGAUGCCAACCUUCUUUAGAUUUUAGUAAAUUUAAAUUUAGAUAUAAUUUUGCUGAUUUGGUUUUGUAAACAUUUUUAAGGAUUGGGGCAAUUUUGUGGGGGUUUCAAGCAACAAAAUAAUCUGGACAGUUUCUGCAGAAGAAAGACCUAAGUACAGUGGAGACUAAAUACUCGAACAUCUAAAAUUUCUAAAUAGUCAAACUUUUCAAUACUUGAAUGCAAAAGUUUGAUUUAAUACUCGAAAAAAUACCAAUAGUCGAAAGUCCACACGUGGUUGUAAACAAAGGCUCCCUGGCCUCUCCCUCCCCUCCUUCUGCCAGUUGUGCUGCUGCAGAAUAACAUUCUUAUGCAUUCUGGCUGUAGUUCUUCAUUUGUAAACUUACAUUAACACCAAAGGCUUUUUAGUGGUGAAAAUAUCUGGUAAUCAAAUGGCUGCACAUUUGGUUGUAUACAAAGCUCUGUCCUCUCCUUUCUUGUAGCUGCCAUUGUUCCGUUCUGAUACCGUAUCAUUGGUAAUACUGGUAAUCUGGUAUACCAGAUGCCGGCGUGCAUCCCUAGUCCUGCCAGUCUUGAGAAAAACAACAUUAUUCCGCGUUCUGUUGUUAGAAACGUACAGUGACUUCAAAGAGGCUUAUUAGUGAUGAAAAUAAGGAAUCUGGUGAGAGUGCAAGUGUUAGUGAGCCACAUUCCUCCACUAGUGGAUUCACAGGAAGCACACCAGGAGAAAAGUUACGAAGACCUUUUCAUGGAUGGUGACUGGUCCUCCAACAACUUCUCACCUUCUCCCCACCCUUCUCCCCUCCAGCCUUCACUUGCAGUAUACACAAAUCAAAAUCAUAAAAAAAAAAAUACAUUGAAAUUUUUAUAAACUUGAGGUUUUGCUUAGAUUAGAACAAAUUACUUGAUUUAUAGUUAUCGAUAGUCGAACUUUUGGAUACGCGAACAGCCAUUUGGAACAAAUUAAGUUAGAGUAUUGAGUCUCCACUGUACUUACAAAAGAACCAGUGACUUGUGACCUCAUUGAUACAAGAAAACUAGUUCCAGAGUCCAAUUACCAUAUUGAGCAUUAAUCAUCUCUAAAAUGCAAGCAGAAUGUUCCACACUUAAUAAUUUCUAUGAGCCAAAGUUCAUAAACAGCCUCAAAAAAAGGUCAUGCACAGCCAUAUCAUUCUGAAAAUAUCAGAUUUGUGUCAUGGAGAGCUGUAAGGCAUGAAAUUAGGCAAUGCCAGGGAUUCCACCCCAAAGACAAUGACAUUAUAUUUUGUAAUGCAGUGAAAUAAAAUCUUGAUAAAUCAGGAAAUGCAGUGCUGUGGCAGAAGUUGUAACACUUGAUAUGAAAAAUAAAAUAGACAAGAAGCAAACCCUGA